AAAUACAGCAAGCAACUAAGUAAAGAGUAAAACUCAAAAUAUAAGAACAUGGAGAUGGAGCCCAACAGCACAGACCUUCCGCCAUUUUUUUACAUGGAGACCCUGGGCUUACCGCCAUCCCAGACCUACUUUGCUGUCGUCAUGGGGACAGUGGCCUAUUGCUUUAUCUUGGCUGGCAACAUGACCAUGAUCCUGAGCAUCACCCUGAACAGAAGUCUGCACAAACCCAUGUACCUGAUGCUCCUCAACCUGCCCAUCAACGACCUGAUGGGUGCCACCGCUUUCUUUCCCCAGCUCAUCAGCAGCAUCGCCUUGGAGGACCGCUCUAUCUCCUGUGCAGCCUGCUUCCUUCAGGGGCUGCUGGUGCACCUGUACGCAGGCGGAGCCUACAUCAUCCUCACUGCCAUGGCGUACGACCGCUUCCUGGCCAUCUGCAACCCACUCAGGUACAGCACUCUCAUGAGCAAUACCAACCUGCUGAAGAUCGUCAUGGGGAUGUGGCUGAUGGACCUGGUCCUGAUAUUGGCCCUCUUCUGUCUGCUUGCCCGGUUCCGGUUCUGUGGGAACAGAAUAGUUGACAUGUACUGCAAUAAUGCCAGCCUGGUCAAGCUGGUAUGUGGAGACACCAGCAUCAACAACUACUACGGCCUCUUCCUCUCUUCUUUCCUGCAAGGGAUGUCCCUGCUCGCCGUGGUCUUCACCUACGUCCAGAUCCUGGUGGCCUGCCUCACCAACAAGCAGUCAGACACCAAGAGCAAGGCCCUGCGUACCUGUGCCACUCACCUGACAGUCUACCUGGUGUUCCAGGUCACCAGCAUGUUCACUGUGCUCUCCCACAGGUUCAACCAGGUGUCCCCGUACCUGAGAAGGUCCGUGGGGGUCUCAAUAUUACUGUUUCCACCCAUACUUAACCCCCUGAUAUACGGAUUAAACACCAAAGAGAUCAGAAGUGUAGUAAUACAUUUUUUCACUAAGAAAAAGGUUACCAGUUUUGCCAGAUAAAAGUCUGCCUUGUUGUGAUGUCAUUUCAAUGAACUGAACUUUUGCUAUUAGUUGUAAAAUGCCAUGAAUAAUCUGAAAUUACAUUAAGUUACAGUUUUUCUCAAAUGUUUAAACACUAAAACUGGAACUAUGCACACGAUGGUGAAAACUUGA